ACUUUUUGUAACAUUUUUAAAGACAGGGGGCGUAUUACUAAAACAAAUCACGUGACACGGGUAAAAGGUACUUUCAAGAUGGCGACUGUGUGUUGAUAAUUUACCUGAUAACAACACACAAAAUGGGAUGAAAUGGCAUCAACGAAACAGGACUACUAUCAGAGAGAGACCAAUGGAUAUAACUCGAACACACCUCCCCGUGACGCCUUUGUACGGGGAGGACAGAGGGCAACCAUACAUGGUACGCACGCAGCUAAAUCAUGGGGUAAAAACAAAUCCAAAGGGAAGGAUAAAAAGGAUAGGAAGAAAAAACCUGUCUUAUAUAGGAGUAAUAGUAGUUUAGAAAUGGAUAGUAUUGAUUAUAUUGAUGUGGAUGAAUUUCAUACAGGAAUACGCAGGGAUUAUGGGAGUACAUCCUCUAUUGAUGUUCUUGGAAAAAGUGCAGGACAUGACAGCUUCUUUGCAUUGUUGAAAGAUUAUAGCCAUGUUAAUGCUGAUCAAAGAAGUCCUGCCCCUGCUCAGUUGCAGGAAUUGUUACGUGGUAAAAAUGAAGGAGUGCGGUUUCGUACCUCUAACGGUAGUGCUGUGAAGGACAAGUCCACGGAGGAUAUAACAGAUAGUCCGAGAACAAAAUCUAAAUUCAAGCAUAAAGACCGGAAAAGCAGGAGUAAAUCUAUUACGAACGAAACACGUCCAACAGGAAUAUUUACAAAAUUACGUGGAAAAAGUGAACCAGAAAUUAACCCUAAAACUCCUGACAAUAUCGAUGUUGAUGUUCGUGCUGAGGAAAGAUUAAGGAGUAAAGCUUUUUUACAUUAUGAUUGUCAGAGUAUUACUUUCAAUGUGGAGGAAAUUAUUCAUAGCAUUAGUAACCCUUUACAAAUUGGUAAAAAUACCACAACUGGUGCAUCUGCAGCCUCGCAGAAAGAUGGAAGGGAGUCGGAAGAUGAGGGUGAUGACAAAAGUAACAAUUUGGUGCUUAAAUGUCCAUUUUUUAGAAAUGAAAUCGGUGGUGAAGAGGAAAGAAUAGUUAGUUUAGGUCGAAGUUCAGCACGUAGAACGUUAAAUAAAUCUAAGAAUACUCAAAAUAGUGCAAUAUUGACACGGUCACCUGCGUGUUGUGGGUUAUCUAUAUUAGACUCUUCACCAACUCCGACGGGACUUAUGCUUCCUCAUGUAGUGUUACAUCGGAAUCAUGUGAUGGAGUAUGUAGAUCAUGGGGCCAGUUACUAUAGACAUUUCUUUUAUGGUUAUGAUCACCAAAAUUUUUUUGGUAUUGAUGAAAAUUUUGGCCCAGUGGCAAUCAGUAUUCGCAGAGAGAAGUUAGAAGAUAGAGAGAACAAAUUGGGGAAAGCAGAGUAUGGACAGUACCAACAUAGGAUUAUUUUUAGGACCAGCGCACUGACCACAUUACGGGGAGCCAUACUUGAAGAAGCUAUACCAAGUGGCCGAAUUAGUAGUUCUCGGACUGGUCAGGUCAAGGACAUCCUAGAAUUCCUCAUACCUCAAUUACAAAUAUCCUGCCUCAAACUUGGAACAACUACCCCAAAGACAUUGGAGCAGUUGUUAAAACUUGAUGAACAAGGGUUGUACAGUACCUAUAAAGUAGGUGUUUUAUUAUGUCGUUCUGGACAAUCAUCGGAAGAAGAUAUGUAUAAUAAUGAAAAUUCUAGUCCUGCAUUUGAAGAGUUUUUAAAAUGUAUAGGUCACAAAAUUAGAUUAAAAGGAUUUGAGAAAUAUAGAGCCCAAUUGGAUAAUAAAAGUGAUUCAACAGGAACUCAUUCCUACUACACAACAUUUAAUAAUAGUGAGAUUAUGUUUCAUGUGUCAACCUUGUUACCUUACACAGCAAAUAAUACACAACAGCUUUUACGCAAACGUCAUAUAGGAAACGAUAUAGUUACCAUAAUCUUCCAGGAACCUGGAGCUUUACCUUUCAGUGCAAAGACUGUAAGGUCUCAAUUUCAACAUGUCUUCAUCAUUGUUAGAGUCCAUAAUCCAUGUUCAGACAAAUGCCGUUAUAGUGUAUCAGUCAGUAGAUCUAAAGAUGUCCCAGCCUUUGGUCCACAUAUUCCAGAAAACAUUAAGUUUCCUAAAUCUGAAGAAUUUGCAGAAUUCCUUUUGGCUAAAGUGAUAAAUGCAGAGAAUACUGCCCAUAAAGGUGAAAAGUUCAAAGCUAUGGCAACUCGAACAAGAACAGAAUACCUCAAAGAUCUGGCAAAUAAUCAUGUGACUUCUACUACACUAGAAAGUAGUUCUAAAUUAAGUAAAUUUGGUUUGGGAAGUGUCAGGAAGAAAGAAAAGACUAAACAGAAAGUAAUUCCUGAUAUGUUUUCUCUUGGAACAACAAUAUGGACUGUCCAGGUAGAAGACUGUGGGUUGUCUACACAGGUAGAUUCAUUUCUAGGCAUAUCCUCAGAAGUUUUGGUUGUGAUUGAGGAGAGCUCUGGUGAAGUUAUAUUCACUGUCCAUUGUGGUGCUAUAAUUGGUUGGACAUCUCAAGCCAUGAGUAUAAGAAUAUACUUUAACCAAGGAGAGUCUGUAUUUGUGAAGCCAUUCAGUGGGGAGAUGGAAGAAACACAAGAAAUCUGUGAGAGAUUAACAGGAGUAACUUCUGGUUGUGAGUCACAAGAUAUGACGUUAAAGAGAAAUGGUUUGGGGCAGCUUGGAUUUCAUGUUCAGAAUGAUGGCAUUGUUACUGAUGUGGAAUCCACAGGAUUUGCUUAUGAUGCAGGACUGAGGAAAGGCAGCCGACUAGUGGAGGUCUGUAAGAUAGCCGUUGCCACCAUGACACACGAGGAGUUAGUAGAAUUACUGAGAACCUCAGUUACUGUCAAGGUCACGGUGAUACCUCCAUUUGAUGAUGGAACGCCAAGGGGUGUGGCUACACUUCACACAAAUUGUCAUUCAUCAUCAUUAAAGACAUUGAAAGCAGCAUUGCAGGCCACAGAAAACCUUCAACAAUGGCAGAGAGAUGUAAAUGGAGAUCUAUCACACUCGAGAGAAAUCUCUAGCAGUUCUAGUGAAACUUCAUAUCAUUUAAGGGAAAUAACGCUUUCUACAAUGAUCAGAGAGACUGAUGAGUCUGGAGAUAAUUUCCGUGGAUCGAUGACACUUCCUCUACAGAAGAAACCAUUAACUCCAACUAGAGUGGACAUGAAGAAUUCUCCAUUUAGUACUGUGACCCCUCAGCAUAGGAUAGGAAUGUCAAGUCUCCAGCGGAAUACCUCACUUCAACAUGCCUAUACAGAUUCAGUCCUUGACAAAAACCACUUUAGUAGUACUGAGGAUAUUAAACAUGAACGUAGUAGUUCUAGGGAUAGCUCAGACUAUGCAUAUCUUAUAAGUCCUACUCCUAUGAAUAGAACUAAAGGGAGCCAGUUUAAAUUUCAAGGACCCGGUUGGGCCAGUACUUCUGGUGACCAGUCAGAUCACACCUCCAGUAUGACAUCUAUAUAUAGUGCUACAGGUUAUCGGAAACCAAACUAUUCUACGGACAAUAUGGUUCAACAUGGAAAUAUUGCAUUAGAAUUGUUAAAACAGUCACAAAACACAAAAUUCUUAUUAAACAGGGGACCAGAACAACCAAAAUCCAAUAACUUAAGUGAUACCUCAUUUUCUAGUGGUUCUAGUGGUGGACCUAAAAACAAUACAGAUGGCAGAGAAGAUGUUUCACUGUUUCGUCAAAAGACGAACACAACUGUACAUAGAACAGAAUCACCAAUAAGCAGUGCCAACAGUAGUCCAAAAACUUCACACAGGAAUUUGUAUGGGACAUCUUCGGAAGAAUCUCUAAAUACAAGAUUACGACCUGGUGUCACAGGGUCUACGAAAGUCUCAAAGUCGGACAAUAACUUUCAAGCUGAGUUACAGCGUCUAAUUGAUCCUGAAUUGGCAGAUAAAGAUCUGAAAGGAUAUCUGGGAAAGAAAGCAGAAGGACGUUAUUCUACUAGAUUAAAGAGAACCAUGUCUGAUGAAAGCUUACAUAAUCAGAAGUUUAACUCUGGACCAAUAAAACUAGAGACACAUUUAACUGAUGUUAUAUUUACAACAGCUUCUCCUCCACAGAAUAAAGAUCUGAGUAAAAGGCAAUCACCAGCGAUGCCAACAGAAGACAAUCAAGCAUUAAGCAGUAGUGUUCCACUUCCAGAAUCCACUUCAGGAUUGGAGUGGUCAAGUCUAGUCAGUGUGGCUACCAAAGCCAUUGAAGGUAGUAAUAGUAAAUCUAAGCCAACGGAAACAAAACCAAUCAAACAUGACAAUGUUCCUAUAUGGAGAUCUGUAGUAGCCAACCCACAAAAAAGGAUCACAGAGUUAGAGGGUAAAGUCAACCAGCUGGAACUAGAUCUGGCAAAGGAGACGAGGGAAAAUGCAACCUUGGAAGAAGAGGUUCAAGAGCUAAGGGCUGAAAAUGCCAGGUUACAAGAGGAAUCUCAACAAGCUGCAGCGCAACUCAGAAAGUUUACAGAAUGGUUUUUCAAAACCAUUGAUAGAACUUGAUAAAUUUUAUUACCUCCAAUAUAGAAAAAUAUUAACUCAAAUCCAAACCAUAUGAAGACUAUCACUAGAAUGGGACAAUUUGAAUAUUCUGUUUGUGUUGGAAUGCUGCUGGACAUCAAAGAUCGUGUGAAUGAUAUGUUGUCAAUAUACAAUUGAUCAGUCAAGUUAGAUCUGCUGGUUUAUUUGAGACUUGAAUUCUUGGGAAGUUAGUUAUAAAAGACAGUUUGGAUAUUUUGUCUUAAAGAUAGAUCAUAUCAUGUUUUGAUCUGAUGAAGUUUUAGUGUUUAUUUUUGAGGAAGAAUCGCCAAUUUUUUUUUAACCAUUGUAUAUUUAAUCCAUGAAAUUUAUUUCCAAAACAAUAACAUAACUUAUAUUGAUUUAUAUUAUGUGCGAUGUUUAAAACAACAUAUUAAAGAACCCUCUUACUGAGAAUUUAAAACAAUCCAUUUAAACUGAAAUUCACAAAUAACAUUUUUUUCAGUGGUACAUUGAAUUAAAGGUUUAUAAAGAUUUAAAAAUGAUAAUUUUCAUAUAAAAUGGAGCUGUUUCAGCAAUAUGACUUUAAAUUUUUACAAAAGGGGAUAAAGUUCUAAGUAACUUUGUAGAAUAAACAUUGACAAACAAAAGUCAACUUGACAAUAUUUCAAUUUAAAAUCAAUUUGAAGGUCAAAGACUAUUUUGAAGUGCCUGUAAAACAUUAAAGUUUUGUUGAACUAUGAAAACUUGUAUGACUGUAAUUGAAUGAAUUUAUGGACCUGGAAAUAUCCAGUUGCGGAUCCAGGAUUUAAAAAAGGGAGGGGGAAGGGGGUAGAUAAAGCUGGCAAUCCAAUGCUUGGAGUGGUACUUGUUGAUAGUCUAUGCAUUUAUUAUAUAUGAAGCUCCAUAAGGGAGGGUGCAAAGGCCUCCUGUCCCCUAAAUCCAGGUCUGAUAUCUUUAUUAGUUAUACACUUAAAAUAUUUAAAAUAGAUCUUGUCUUCCAUAAUAAAUAUACACCUUAAACUAUGUAAAUUCACAACAAUGGUCAAUUUUCAGAUUUUGAAGAAUUUUUUAGUAGUGCAUGGCAUAUGAAUCUAUCUAUUCUAUCUGCAAUGAUGGACAAGGAACAUAAAUCCAAAUGAAAAUUGUAUGCAGUGAUAGUACCCUCCCCUUUUAGCUCUUUAGCUUUUCAUGCAAAAUAAGAUCUUGCUUUUUGUACCUGUGACUUCAUAAACAAUACAGACAUCAUAUAACACAUUUGAAAAUUCAAACCAAUUAGCAACUUCCAUGAUUCAAAGACCACACUUAAGAUCUGUAUAAGUGGUAUUUAAAAUCUGUGAUAUGAACCUGAAGAAUGAAGCAGAUAAAUUUAUUCACUUGCCUUUGGUGGCAAAUCAUAAGGAUUUAUCACUUUAUUUAACAAAAAAAAAAGUUUAUGAAUUUCUGUUUACCAAUAUGAACCAACUGAAUCAACUGUCAGACAGCAUGAACAAGUUACAAAUGUACUUUGGUAGGAACAAGGCAGCAACAUUCUUUGUAAAUAGUGCAGAUUGUUAUCGUUAUCAUUAAAAUACAUUUUGUAAUUUUAACCAUUGAACUCAUUAAUAUUAAACCAUAACAUUGAAUUACACUAUUUUAGACAAAUCAUUAUUUUUAUAUUUGUAGUUAAAUAAUUUAAGAUUUGUAACAUUUGUAUAUUAACAAUUUCAUGAUGUUUUGUAUAAAGCAAUUUAAACAAUGGUCUGUUUGAUUACUUAGUUUUAAACUGACUGAAAGCCAUGGGUCUGUUUGAAUACUUUAUUUUUAAACUUACUAAGCCUUUCAAUUUGACCGCCAUACUAGAUUCAAAAGGAUUUAUUUAGUGUUUAUUUAAUGAAAAUAAAAUACAAAAUGCAUGAAUGAUUUUUUUAUGGUAGAUAUACGUGCAGAACAUUUGCAAGGAUAUCUGUAGCAUAGAUAUAAGCUUACUUUGAUUUUAUUAAUGGUAGAUCUGCUUGCAGAACAUUUACAAGGGAUAUCUGUACUACAGGUAUAAGAAUCCUACAUAUCUAUUUCAGAUUGAAUUAUCAUAAAAAAAGCUUAUCUUUUUUAUUUACAUCCUAGACAAUUUUAUGGUGGGUUCUUUUAUUGUUAGAUAUUUUUAUAUUUACCACCUUUGCUUUUUCUGAUUUAGCAGGGUAUAACUAUUGUUAUUUAGAGGGUUUUGUUUUUUCUCUGUCCAUGGUUGUGAUAAGAAUACUCAAGUAACGUGAUAUAAAUCCAUGAUACACAUAUCAUACUACAAGACCUUGUGCCUUCUACAAACCAUUGCCAUAAUGUACAUAUAUUGUUAUCAUUUAUCCUUAAUCACAAUUUUUAGUAGUUGGUUCAUUGAUCAAACCAUGUAUUUUUACUGAUUUUUUAAACUAAGUAGGCAUCUUGGCUGAAUGAUAGUGUCAAAGUUCAAGUUCAACCAAUGCCCUUUUUUAGAAUUUGUGUAACAAUUCAGUAAAAGUUUUCAUGCAAACAUAUUUAGCGUUCUGGAAAGCACAUUUUAAUCACUACAAUGUAUGGAUAAAAAAUGCGUUAUAAUUUCUCUAUUCAGUUAAAAAUGAGUCUUAAAGGAUUCAGCACACCUAUAUUUUAUGACCCGUUGGAUUCUGAUAAACUGUAACAAUAAACAAUGUUAAUUGCUAGAUUACCAUUUUUUGGGAUAAGAUAGUUGAUUUUUUUAUACUUCUGUGAACAGGUAAGAUAUUUUAUAUACGAUUGUAAGUAAAUCAUCCAGUUUUGAAAGGACUUUGUGUCAUAGUUGAUAAAGGGUUUAGUCGAUAUGUUUUUACUUUUAAUUUUUGAAUAAAUUUUGUAUCCAAGUUGUAACAAAAAAUAUUAACAUGUCAGACAGAUUUAGUAUAUAAGGAAAAUAUUAUUCAUAAAACAGUAUUAAUAUUUGAUAAAAUAGCAAUCAAUAUAUGAAUAUAUAUUUCAAGCCACAUCAAAGUAAUUAGCUGUUUUAUUGACUUGCUUGCCCUUAAAUGAUGUUGAUUAAAAGAGGAGAUAAAAUCCCAGCCUCUAUAUUUCUUAUUUUUAAUCAAGUGUGGAACUUUUAGAUAUAAAGCUUCUUCCACCCGACAAAAUUGUAAAAAUUAAUGUAAAAAGUUGAAUAUAUGUUAUUUACUAAGCAUAUUUUAGGCUGCUAUUCAAUUAUUUUAAAAUAAAUAACAUAAGAAUAUGUGGAUGAUUCACAAAGCUGGCAAGACCAUAAAUUAGCAAAAAAAUCUGAACAACAAAUAAUUUGGUGUGGCUUCAUAAAAGAAAUUAUUUAUAAAGAAAAGUUUAUAUUGUUUUUUUUUGUUAACUUUAUAUAUAUGGAGCAGAGAGAUAUAUUAUUUUAUUAUUAAAAGAAAUAUAUAUAUAUGAAGGAUCAAAGAGAAAUUUAUAUGCAAAUAUUUUUUUUUAUAACAUUUAAAAGCUUCAAACACAAAUAAAUUAAAAAUAUAUUAAGAAUCACAGAAAUGCUAUUUGACAUGCUAUUUACAAAAUAAUGCAGUGAUUAGCAUAUUGUACUUGGUUUAGGCAACUAUUUACGCAUAGUAAAUGCAAUUUAAAACACAUUAUUCUACAUCAUUAUACUAACUUUCAAUGUUUAACCAAACCAGUGUAAAAUUAAUCUCAGAAUAUGUAUUAUUGGAACAAUCACAUCAAACUGAAGAAAAAUUCUAAAUAUUUUAAUGGUGUCGUACAAAAUUUUUAAUCCAAACAAAGUACAAUGUUAACUUUUUUAUUCUCUAGAUUGUACUCCAAAUAUUACUUUCUGGAGUUGCUAUUAAGAUCUAGACAAGAAUUGCACUAAGCUCUGCCUACUCAUGUGAACAUACAAAUGACUAUUAACAACAGCUGUAUAUACUAUUAAGCAAUGAAACCCUAUUUCUGAAAUAGUUUAUUGGAACUCUAAGCCAAAACAAAAAUUAAAAUUAUCAAAGGACAUGCUUACAGAGAAGGUAAUAUUAUUGAUUUUUGUUUUGUUUUUAGCCACUAAUGUUCAUUGUACAUGUACUAUGAUAUAUAAAAGAGGCUAACACGUUUUAAGCGUUGGGGUAUUUUUACCUCUAUUUUGCUCCGUGUUUCUAGUUGUCAAUCAUCAAUAAAAGUAAACUUUUUUUUCUCUCAGGUUAUACACAUGUUUCUCUGUCAAAUAUAUUCAUUUAGAUUUUUAGCUGUUUUUACAAAUUUACAAACAAGAGAAGGGGGUUCAAUCUAACUAGGAAUCAAUGGUUGAUAUUCAUAACUUAAAUAGUUGAUUUAACUCAUUUCAGUUUAUUCAUAUUUUCUUAAUCUUUAAGUAAGGAUUAUUACUUAUCCUUAUUUUCUGAUAUUAUAAUGAAUUCCUAUAAAAUUUUCUACCUGAUCUAUACUUGAAAACACUUGUUAAAUGCCAAUAAAAUGUCCCACAUAUUUAAUUGUGCACCUCUGCAAAAAGAAUGUUUUAUUUAAUGUACCAAACUUUUUCAUCAUGAUGACAUUUUUCUUGAAACCUUAAAAAUAUAUUUUAAGAUUUGCUAAUAAAACAUGACAUCUGCUACAUGACAGUUCAAGUUUAAUGGAACAAAGAGUAAAACAGUAAAAUUAUGAAAAAGAAAGUUUUUUUAAUUUAUAAGAACAUAUGUAGAAAGAUAAAUUACCAGUUACUGUAUUCCAUCAAUGAUAAGUUUUACUGUGCCAUUUGGUGCUUGGCACAUCUAUGUUAUGUUUUUGUCGUUAUCUCUGAUUGUCCUGUUGUUGUUAAUUGUCUAGUCGUUUUUAUUUAUUCAUUACAUCAGGGACUAUAACCUUUGUAAAUAUUAAAGUUUAUAAAACACUUUGAA